AUGUCGUAUUUUUUCCAAAACAUAAGACCAACUAAUGGAUCUGAUGAAGAAGACCAAUACGAAGAAGAUCCUGAUGAAUUAAGAAGAAUUUUACAAAGACAACAAAGGAAUCGUAAAAUUUCUAGAGAUCAUGACUCAGAAACAGAGGAUAAAGACGACGAUGAAGAAGAAGAUGAUGAGGAUCUUAAGACUUUGUCAUUUGGCGCUAUUAAGAAUGCAGACAAUAUCCUAGAGAAAGAAACAAAGACUGAACGACGUUCACAGGACCACAGAAGACCUAAGAAAUUCAAAGAAGAAAAAUUCGUGGAAUCUGAUAGUGAUAGUGAUAUCCCUCAAGGACAUAUUUCAGAAAAUGAUUCAGACUCUGAAGGUGGAUUUUUUGAAGAAGACAGUGAAGAUGAAGAUGACAACGACAAUGGCAAUAACAAUAAUAGAAGAAAUAGGAAAAAUGGUUCUGAUAAAGUACAGAGACAUAAGCAUGCCCCAACUGAACAAUCAUCUAAGAGACGCGUAUCAAGAAUUAGAAAGAUAGAUGGCCUUAACGAUAGAGGGAAUGGAUCCAGUUUAUAUCAAGAUAUUAGAUUUGAAAAGUCUACAGGGAGAGCCACUGAUCAAUCAGUAAUUAGGCGACGUUAUGCAUUCCUUGAUGAAUAUAGAGAGAAAGAAAUUUCUGACCUUGAAGGUUUAUUACAUGAUCGUAAAUUUACAGAUAAGUUGAAUGAUAAAGAUCGCGACGAUAUGGAAGGUAAUUUAAGAAGUAUGAAAUCUCGUUUACAAAGUAUUAAGAAUAAAGAUCUUGAAAAAAAUAUUAUUAAAGAAUAUGAAGAUAACAUGAAUAAAGAUAAUCAAACAAGAUUCCAUUUAAAGAAAGCAGAUAAGAGGAAGGUUGUUCAGAAAUGGAAAUUCGAUCAUAUGAAGGCUAAACAACGUGAAAAGGUAAUGGAAAGAAAGAGAAAGAAGAGAUUAGGUAAAGAAUUUAAACAAUUUGAAUUCCAUCAAAACAGGUGA